AUUUUGGACCUCACUUGAGCGCUAGAAAGAGCUUUGGCAGGAUCACACCACAUUCACUCUGUAGAUCUUUGCCGCCUGUUACCUUGUUGUUUGGUUUGUGAAGUUAGGUUUUCAAAAUGGCUUCAGCGGAGCAUCUUACAAAGGUGAAAGCCAAACUCCAGGCGAUAAAGGAGAAAAUCGAUGAAACAGAAGAUCGUGAAUUAGCGGCAAUGGAAAAGUUGCGAGAGGCAGAGGAACGAUUCGAGAAAGCAGAAGGCGAGGCGGAAUCGUUCAAGCGACGAAUCCAACUUAUUGAAGCUGAAUCCAGGCGAGUCAAGGAAUUAUCGCAGAAGAAAGAUCAUGAGUUGGAAGAGAUGCAUAAGAGAUCGAAAGAAGAGGAGAAUCUCUGCAAAACCCUUGAAGUAACUGACCGUGAGAGCGACGAAAAAAUGCGAGAGCUUGAAGACGCUCUAGAAGAAGCAAUUGAGUUGGAUAAAUCCACCGCCGAUAAACUAGCAGAGGUUGAGCUCAAAAUUAAAGUUGUUCAGGGCGAGCUAGAAAAGGCUGUUGAGAGGGGCGACAGAGCUGAGAUGAUGUGCGAGCAUUUGAUGAAUGAUUUUACUGGGACGUCUGAAGUUCUACGCGAUUUGGAAGUGAAAGACGCCGCUGCUUCUGAACGCGAGAUCGACAACGAAGACAAAAUCGAGUUCAUUCAAGAAAAUUUGAAACAGAUGGUCUACAGAUACGAAGAGGCCGAGCGCAAAGCUCCUCCACUCGAAAUGCUGCUCGAUCAACUGGUCGAAGAUCUGGAGCUUUACAGGCUGAAGCGCAAGCAGGUUGACGAAGAGAUGAAAGCAAUGGGAGAACUCGUGGAGCAAGUGACAAUCGAAGCUAAACCGAAACCCGCAGCAAUCUUUGAGCAAAUGGCCCAACAAGAACAGGCUGGGGAGGAGAAAGCAGCAGAGGAAGAGGAAGAGGAAUAGAAAAUUCAUAAUGGACGCACUCCAAACAGCAAGACACUUAUAAAUACUUUUAUCUUUGGUUCACAAGAGAGGAAAAAAUUAUGGCACGGGUUUUGUAUUUGUUAUAACAUUUUAUUUCAAAGACAGUGACAGUUUAUGGAACAUCAAAAAUUCGGUGAAAAAUGUUUGGAAUUCAACCACAGUCGGAUGAUCUCUUUUCGCUGAGAAAAAAAAAAUAAAACUCGUGUAUUAAUUAUAUAUUUUUUUUGGCCUCGACAAUACUUAGACAUUUGAAAGACAUUGUUAUCUUGAUCUUUACUAUGUUUUUGGAAAUGUCGAACAAUGCCCUUUCCUCUUCUGGUUGUAGUUUUUCGCCUUUCUAGUCGAGCUAAUGUCGAAAAUCUUGCCCUAAAGUUUUAUCUAACGCCAUGGUAGUUAAAAUGUGUAAUAUUUGUCAAGAAUGCGAUAGAAUAAAUUUCCUUAUAGUGGAA